AGCAGCAGCCAGAAACGGAUAAUCCAAAUAACUGGAUUUAAAAAAAACGAGAAAAAGGCCCUGCUCAAAUGUCUGUUUAAACUGAACUGUGUAUUUAUAGAUAGUAAGGUAUUGUUCACUAAAGUACAAAAAAGAGGGUUAGAGCAGAAAGCAGAAAUGCAAGUCUUAAAAGAAAUGACUGUUCUUUAGUUUAGUUGUGUAUAAAUAGCCAAGGAAUUUAAACUCUUUCCAGUGAUACAAGUGUGUUGUUUUGUUUUUGUUUCGUUAGAAAUACAGAAAUUGUACACAUCUUGUAGCAAAAAAGCUGUGCAAGAGUGAAAAGGUCUUAGCUGCCUGCGCUGCUGUGUCUUCUGUAGGUAGUGUUUCAAUACAGGAGCAGGAUACUAACCACUGCUCUUGACCUGAACCUGUAAGAAGAGAGAGACAGAGAAAAGGGGAAGAUCAUUACAUACUGUAUCAAAAGAAUACAUGCAGAAGAUGAAAGAGGAGAGGCGGAGGAGGUGGAGCCAAGGGAUGAGAGAAAAGGAUGUGAAAAGAAGAAAGGGGAAAGAAAAAAGUCUAAAACUGUGUCCCCCGAAUAUUGAUAUUCACUACGCUAGCAGUGCAAGUAAUUUUGAGAAUAUAUAAGAAAAAGAGCUUACAUGCUAAAACUUUAACUCUUCUUUUAAGUCUUUGGUAGUAAAAUAUUUCUUCAUUUUAGUACAUUUGUGUAAGUGUCAAAUGGAAUUAAAAAUAAAGUGUUUGCCAAGGUUCUGUGGAAUUCAUAAGAACAAAAUCUGGGAAGCUGAAAAGAUGUAUUUGGAGAUUUUUGAGGGGAUAGACAAUUAUUUUAUCUAGCAAGGGUAAAAAACCACUUUCUCGUUAAAAGAAAACAGAAUGAUCAUUUUCAGUGGCAUUGUGAGAUUUUUGAUUCUAAAGUCUGAAGUGGAGAACUCUUGUAACAGGAAGAAGUUUUAAAAUGGUACUUAUAAUUUCAGCUUUUAUUUGCACAAGAAAGGUUUAAGUUAAUUUUAUAUUAGUUCUUCAGCUGAUUGCCAUUUGUCUGCACAAAAAAAAUCUCUUGUGGUUGACAGUUCAUUUGCUUUUUAGGAAAGUGGGUACUAACUAAGGAGUACAUAAUUAAUAGUGCUGAAAGUGGCAGAUGGCUUGAUGAAACAACGUACGAAUGGGGAUAUGAAAUUGAAAAAGACACCCAUUAUUCACCUCAAAUGCAAUCUGCACCUAAAAGGUGGCGCGAAGAACUGACAUUCUCUAGUGCUCCAGGGGCCUUCCACAGAUGGAAAGUUGUCCUCCCUGUUAAGGAAGGUGAUAAACGAAUGGCAUCUAUUAGAAGAGUUCUUCAAGCUGGAAAGGCAACCAUAUGUUCAUCUCAUAAUGCAGAGCACAGUAUAACUCAUGUAUUCAUCGAUAAUAACGUUUUUCCUAUACAAAACAAAAAAUGUCUCUCGGAAGCUCGGCACUACCCUUUGCAAUAUCUAGGACGUUACCUCUUUGAGAAUGAAAUACAAAAUACUGAAGAUAUCCAAAUCAACUAUGAAGAUAUCCAAAUGAACUAUCCAAAUGAACCAGACCAAGCCGUCUCUAAAGUGCAACUUACUAGAAUGAAAAAUGCCAUUAUAAAACAUAUGUAUUUUGCGGCGACUGUUAUCCACAGGUUUGCUCAAACAGACCAGCUGAACAAAUGCAAUCCACAGGUUAAAAGUACUAAUUUGUCCAGAGGCAGUUGGUAUAUACUUCAAGGAUUAGUGGAAGAGCAUUUAUUUCCUGAUGUAAUCACAGAACUUGCUGCUGGUCAGAAGUACCGUAUACCUCCCGUGCAACUUCUUCAUUCUCUUCUAGAGUAUUUCGUAUUGGGAAAUAAUGAUGCAAUAUUUUUUGCCAAACUUUGUCACGUUUUGUACCUUAUUCUCCAACGUGAUCCUCCCUGGAAGUCCCUGUCUAUGUUAAAGUAUUACUUGGAUCUUCUUCAGUGUCCUAUCUGUAAGAAAGGUACAUGGUCUUUGAUAGAGAUGCUUGUAAGGUCUUGCCUUUAUGGCAAAACUGUUUGUCAUGUGGAACCAGUUUCAGGGAGAGAAGAUGAACAGAAGAUAGUUCACAAAACAUUAUUGAAGUUUUUCUUUGAUUUAGUAAAUGCUGAAGUAGAGUUUCUGAAAAAAAGUUUGGUUGAAGGGAUCAAUUCACAGCAUCAGCAAGUCAUGCCACAGACAGUUCUUUUGAAGACAUUUUGGCUGGGAAAUGGAACCUCAGUGCUUUUUACCAAACACAUAAAUAUUCUAGCAGAUUGGGUCAUACUUUCCUACAGAGAAUUGAACAGAAAAAAUGAUGCUUUCAGAUGUGAAAUUGCUGGUCUAUUAAAUGCAAUUCUUGGAACUGUAGUGGAGUAUUGGAUCAUCUCAGGUUUUCUUAUGGACAGAAACGUGUUUCAUCAAAUAGCUGAUGAUCUGGCACAGUACCUUGCCAUUUCGUGUGAUGAUUUUUCUAUAUGUGAAUUAAAAAUGUUUAUUUGUGCCAUACCAUCCCUCUGGCUUCAAAUGUUUGUUGCGGAAGCAAUUUUAAAACACAUGUGUUUACAGAGGAAUAUAGCUGUUCCUACAGAACCUCUUUCUCUUCAGAAAAUAGUCUGUUCCUAUUUGCCUGCUUUGAGAGAGAUAGCAUUGCAUGAGACAAAGAUACACAAAGCAAAGAAAAAGAAAAUAGGGCAACAGCCAUGCCCUGAGUCUCAAAGGGCAUUACAGAUGCUAAAUGGCGAUAAGCAGAACCAAGUCAAAGUGCUGCCUGAUCUACCAGACCUAACCUUUAAUAAGCUUACAGCAAAACCAGAAGUUCAGACUGCACACACCAAGGAGAAUUGUUAUCUUUUGGCUGAAGAGGUAUACAAGAGAAAUAUUAAAGGAGAGACAGCCCUGCAUAAAGCUUGCAUAAGUAACAACGUGGAGAGAUUGAUUCAGCUUCUCUCUUUCCCUGGAACAGACAUUAAUGUUAAAGACUAUGCUGGCUGGACGCCUUUGCAUGAAGCCUGUAACCAUGGCAGCACAGUGUGUGUCCGUGAAAUUUUGCAGCGUUGUCCAGAGGUAGACCUGCUCAGUCAAGUGGAUGGGGUGACUCCUUUGCAUGAUGCACUGUCAAAUGGACAUGUAGAAAUUGGCAAGCUCCUACUUCAGCAUGGGGGACCAAUCCUUCUACAGCAGAGAAACUCCAAUGGAAAACUGCCACUGGAUUGUGUUGAGUCAGUAGCAUUAAAGGAAGAACUUUUGAAUCUUGUUCACCCAGAAGAGAGCAUUGAAAGCUUUUAUGAAUGGAUGGAACAAGAGUUUUGCAGUCAGCAGAGAGAACUGUGUUUGAUUUUAUUUAAUAAGCUGCUGCUGAAUUUUUGCUCAGUUUAUAAUCUCUCUUCACCCUUGACUCUAACUCUCAGAGAGGUAGCUUGUUCAAAUGUACUUCCAGUAAUGGCCUAUGAUAACUCCAAGAUGAAAAACACAUUUUCUGAAGAUUGGUUAGUAAAUACAUAUUUUAAAGAGCUAGAAACUUUUCAAAAGCUACCACAAUUUCUUCAAGAAAUAUCUGCAAACAUGUUUUUAUUCCCUGGAGAACAGAUGAAAGUCUUGUUAGCAACUCUGGAAACUAUGGUAGAAGCAUAUCAGCUCUUAAAUCUUUCUAGCAGUUAACUUCUAAACAAGACACAUUGGCUGAAUCUUGAUUGUUAACCCUUGGUAUUGGCCUAGCUUUUUUUCUGGCAACUGAAGAAGUACAAAUUUAAUAACCCUACACAAGAUCUACAUGUUGCAAUCUCCCACAUUGUUACUAUUUUCCUUUAACAGAUCCUGGAAUUCAGAAACAAUGCUUCUGCGCAGUUUUCUGGCAAAAUAUUUCCAGUACUUGCCUCACAGAUCUAGAUGUCUGUGAUAUUCUUAGGAGGGUGCUAUAUCGUUUGCAAUAAGCUAAACUUUUCUGUCUUGAAAGUGUUUGCUACCUGUCUUGUGCCAUAGAUCACUUUGGUUCUCAGAAGUAGUGACCCUAAAUUUAAACCUCAUAGCUGAUUGUUUCAAUACUUGAGAAAGGCUUGUGCCUACAUAUUUUAAUAUCCUUUAAUAAAGCUAAUAUUAUAAAUAUCUGUCAUGAAAUAAAAACACGUGGAAUAGCAAAUUUUGCUCAUCAA